GCUGCGGAUAAAUACGUGACAGUGUCACCUCUUGCCUCUUCUCUACACUCUUCAGCUUUACUUAUUCUCAUCAGCUCUUCCAUUGCCAUCCCUUAACAUCACCAUGUCCACUUCUCAGGUUGAUCAGGUCGCGGCUGCCAUCAACAGUCUGACUCUCAGCGACAAUAGCAGAGACGCCGUUGCUGCUUAUCUUGCCGGACGAGCUGGUGGUGCGGGAGGUGGUGGCAGUAGGGGCGACGACACCAGCGAUUGCACUAGUGAAAGCGACGAGACGGCGGCCUCCAUCGGCGGACUGCUCGCGCUUUGGCAGGCGCUCUGCCUCGAGUUCGGCCUCGUUCAGGACCCCGACAACCCCGAGCUCCAUCCCGACCUCCCCUCGCUGCCGACGACCAAGACCCAGGCCCGCAAGCUCCUCAACACUCGCGCGCACGUCAACAUUUGUGAUUACUUCACCGAGCGUGCCACUCUCACAUCCACCCCCUGGGGCUGCCUCGCCCACCUGGUGCACCCUACAGCUGCAGCGCUUGCGCAGGAGCUUCGCAUGUGGGCAAAGCGCGAGGGACGCCGCCGUUACCGCAUCCGCCGCCGUCUUCGCCUCCGCGGGAUGAAUGAUGAGGAGAUCGCCGAGGCGGUGCGCGGCGCCAGUAAGAUGUUUCCGCGUGAGCUGGCCAAGUGCGAGGGCCUGAACCCCCUGCUUCGUGUGGUGUUUUAG